AGAACUCUCUCUGAAAGAUCUCUCUCAAGAGAUUGGCUUGAAGAUCUAUAUCUUCUGGAGGCCUUGAAUAGAUUCUUUUGAAUCACAAACCAAUUACUCCAGAACUCUGGAACUAAACACCGCCCCUGAACAAUAUCAAAAAACCGAUCAGAUCUCCGGAUCACCAACGAGGAAACGAUCAUCACCAACACCAACCGACAGGGAUUAUCUACAAAAGCGAAUCAGGUCUCUCUUCUCCUUCGCCUCUUCCGUUUUUCCGGCGUCGGGUUUUUCCUCAGUUUGUCUCGACGAGAGGAUUUCGGUCGCCGGAGAGUUGUCUUCGGUUACCGGGAAACUGCUUUUCCCAAGAGAAGUGGACAUAAAAGCCGUUUCCGUUCGAAACAGUGGGUUUUUUUUCCUUGGAAAGGAGCUGAGAUCGGUGGAAUUUCACUAGAAUUUCGAGCUUGAGUAGAUAGGGUUUUGAAUUCGGUAGAGUUGCAGAUCUUCACUGUUCGUGGAGCCAAACGGAGUGGCUUUGCGUUUUCUCUGUUUCUUCUGUGAAGAUAAUCUCUGCUUUUCUGAAAAGGAUUUGAGAUACAGUGUAUGAUUGCGUGUCUCGAGCGGAAGAAUUUGAUGGUUACAGCGGUGGGGAAUUCACGCCAUCUUGUUUGUUUAUGAUGACCGGUGCUCCGGCGUGCGAUCGUAGAGGGUGUCGGUUUGGUGAACAUAUCACAUGGAAUGGCAGAUCUUGUUAGCUACGGUAAUGCCGAGCGAGACAUCGAGCAGGCUUUAAUUGCUUUGAAAAAAGGUGCACAACUACUGAAGUAUGGUCGGAAAGGAAAGCCGAAGUUUUGUCCCUUCAGACUUUCUAAUGAUGAGACAUCUUUGAUAUGGAUAUCAAAUGGUGGUGAAAAACGUCUGAAGUUAGCAUCUAUCUCUAGGAUUGUUCCAGGGCAAAGAACUGCUGUUUUCCAACGUUACCUUCGUCCUGAAAAGGAUUAUUUAUCUUUUUCUCUCAUAUACAACAACGGGAAGCAGACUCUUGAUUUGAUCUGCAAGGACAAAGUUGAGGCAGAAGUGUGGAUUGCAGGUCUCAAAGCUCUGAUAUCAGGACAGGGUGGGCGCUCAAAAAUUGAUGGCUGGAGCAAUGGAGGCCUCUCCAUUGCUGACAGCAGAGACUUCACAUUAGGAAGUCCUACCAACAGUUCAGUUAGUGCUUCUCAAGAUUUCAACUUUGCAGAGGCUCCCUUCACCAACAAUUCAAUCAAUUUUCCGAAACCUCCUUCAAGACCUGAGAAUUCUUUCAAUUUUGAAAGGUCACAUGUGGCAUCUGAAAGUCCAAAUAUGCUAAGAGGACCUGGGUCAGACGUGUUUCGGGUUAGUGUAUCUAGUGCUCAGAGCACCUCAAGUCAUGGUUCUGCUCCAGAUGAUUGCGAUGCUCUAGGUGAUGUUUAUAUAUGGGGUGAGGUGAUAUGCGAUAAUGUUGUCCAAACAGGGGCCGAUAAAUAUGCUAAUUAUGUCACUUCAAGAUCGGAUAUUCUAUUGCCACGUCCAUUGGAAUCCAAUGUAGUUUUGGAUGUGCAUCAUAUUGCAUGUGGCGUAAGGCAUGCUGCUCUUGUGACUAGACAAGGUGAGGUGUUUACUUGGGGUGAAGAAUCCGGAGGACGGCUUGGGUAUGGGAUUGGAAAAGAUGUAACUGGACCACAACUUAUCGAGUCCCUAGCUGUUACUAGUGUCGAUUUUGUUGCCUGUGGCGAGUUCCAUACAUGUGCUGUUACAAUGACGGGGGAGAUUUAUACAUGGGGCGAUGGAACACACAAUGCAGGCCUUCUUGGCCAUGGUACUGGUGUGAGUCAUUGGAUACCCAAGAGAAUCUCGGGUCCUCUUGAAGGUCUUCAAGUUGCUUCUGUGACCUGUGGACCGUGGCACACUGCUUUGAUAACAUCAAGUGGACAACUCUUUACUUUUGGUGAUGGGACAUUUGGUGUUUUGGGGCAUGGUGACAGAGAAACUGUAUUUUAUCCAAGAGAAGUUGAAUCCUUAUCCGGGCUGAGAACAAUUUCUGUUGCAUGCGGUGUAUGGCAUACUGCUGCAGUAGUAGAAGUCAUUGUUACUCAGUCAAGUUCAUGUGUUUCAUCUGGGAAGCUUUUCACAUGGGGUGAUGGAGAUAAAAACCGCCUUGGUCAUGGAGAUAAAGAGGCUCGGCUUAAACCCACAUGUAUAUCAGCUCUGAUUGACUAUAAUUUUCACAAAGUUGCAUGUGGACAUAGUUUGACGGUUGCCUUGACGACUUCAGGAAACGUUUUUACGAUGGGAAGUACGGUUUAUGGUCAACUAGGGAAUCCCCUUGCUGAUGGGAAGCUUCCUUGCUUAGUAGAAGACAAGCUCAGUAACGAGUGUGUUGAAGAAGUGGCCUGUGGUGCAUAUCAUGUAGCAAUUUUGACAUCGAGGAAUGAAGUGUAUACAUGGGGCAAGGGUGCCAAUGGGAGAUUAGGUCAUGGAGAUAUCGAGGACCGUAAAACACCUACUCUUAUCGAGGCUCUGAAAGAUAGACAUGUCAAAUAUGUUGCCUGUGGUUCAAACUAUUCAGCAGCGAUAUGUCUUCAUAAAUGGGUUUCUGGUGCCGAGCAAUUUCAGUGUUCUGCCUGUAGACAGGCUUUUGGAUUCACACGAAAGAGACAUAACUGCUAUAACUGUGGCCUUGUCCAUUGCCAUUCCUGCAGUUCAAAAAAAGCAUUGAGAGCUGCCUUGGCUCCUAAUCCUGGCAAGCCCUAUCGGGUCUGUGAUUCAUGCUACACCAAGCUCAGCAAAGUGGUAGAAGUUAGUAUUAAUGGCAGGAAGAACACGUUGCCACGUCUUUCUGGUGAGAACAAGGACAGAUUGGACAAAGCUGAGAUAAGAUUGGCCAAGUCGGGAAUGCUUUCGAAUAUAGAUUUGAUCAAGCAGCUAGAUAGCAAGGCAGCUAGACAAGGGAAGAAAUCGGAGACUUUCUCUCUUGUUCGCACUUCCCAAACACCUCUAUUACAGCUUAGGGAUGCUCUGUCUAAUGCCGCGGACAUAAGACGUGUCCCUCCAAAACCAGCUGCGACUCCAUCUGCAGUAAGCUCUAGAUCCGUGUCACCUUUCUCAAGGAGAUCUAGUCCUCCUCCUGUGACUCCCAUUCCUUCAACAGCGGGUCUUGGUUUCUCGACAACUAUAACUGAAAGUUUGAAGAAGACUAAUGAGUUUCUGAAUCAAGAAGUCCUCCAGUUACGCGCCCAAGUUGAAAUGUUGAGACAGAGAUGUGAAGUCCAAGAACAUGAGCUUCAGAAAUCGGCAAUGAAGAUUCAACAAGCCAUGACUAUGGCAUCAGAGGAAUCUGCCAAAUCAAAAGCUGCAAAAGACGUGAUGAAGUCCCUUACAGCACAGAUAAAGGAUAUGGCCGAGCGGCUACCACCAGGCGCUUAUGAAGCCGAGACCACAUGGAUAUCCAGUCUGCUAAACGGGUUAGAGCAAAAUGGUUUUCGUUUUGCUGAAGAUGCGAAUGGACGACGUCCAUCUCGGUCCGAUUCGAUGAGCGAUAGCUCACUGGCUUCUUCACCCUUAGCGAUGGGAACAGCUUCACUUCACGGGCUCUGGCCGAAUUCCCUGUCUCCGAGGAAUACAGAUGGAGCCGACAGUGUGCGAUCCAGUAAUGGAUUCUUGGAAGGUUUUGAAAGUAAACAACCUUUGCCUUCUCAAGGCAGCGAAAACGGCCUAAAGUCGAGAAAUGCAGAAUUUGCAGCAAGUGCUUCUCAAGUUGAAGCAGAGUGGAUCGAGCAGUAUGAACCUGGUGUCUACAUUACACUCGUGGCGCUUCGCGAUGGAACCAGAGACUUAAAACGCGUGCGUUUCAGCCGGAGAAGAUUCGGGGAGCAACAAGCAGAGGCGUGGUGGUCGGAGAAUCGGAGAAAUGUAUACGAGAAGUACAACAUUUGUGGUUCGGAUCUAUCGUCGGUGGCCGGUGGUCAGGCCACCACCCGGACAUGAUGGACACAAGUAAAAACGCAUAUAAGUUUAUGGCCACACAGUAGUACAUCAGGAAAUUGAUUUUGGUUCACAUUAAAAUCGCAUAUUCGUCUCGUGGGUUACACAUUUUGUGAGUUGUGAAUCACAGUGUAUAUAUAAAGAUUGGGACUAUACAAUUAAUGAUUCGUGAUUUGUUAGAGAUACA